AUGACAACCAGUAGAGAUUUCUGCUUUAGAAAAUGUGAUGAUCAUCAGAAUUUUAUGAUUAUAAUUAAAUUCACAAUUAUAUCAUUGAUAUUGCUGUCAUUGAUCAGUUUGUCGAGUGGGACACUCACUUUUAAGUAUCUUCCGGCAAAGAUACCAAAGAAUGCAGGUUUCAAAUUCUAUGAAAUCGAUGCGAGUUUCGAUGUCACCGCUUACAACAGUCCUACUCAGCUCAAAGUACAGAGUCUUCAACCAACUGGUCAGAAGCGAAUGACUUGUUUUUCACUUGGAAAAUCUCAGAGUAAUGCAAUCUACAAGUUGCAUGCCGAGUGCCAAUUGACCUAUGUUGGAGAUUAUAUAAUUGAAUUGACAGGUGUUACCGAUAAAGCAAAGUAUACACUUGAUCUUUCAAAUUUAAUAUUUCCAAAUCAAAUUAUUCCAGGAACAUCUGUAACUUUUUCAGCUGAUAUGGUUGAUGGUGUUAAUGUGUUUGCACUCACUGACAAUGUCAAUCCAGCAAUGAAUAUUGUUCCAACUAGAUUGAAUGCUCAAACUAUGGAAGUAGCAAUCCCACCAGGUUUGACAUCAGGUCUAUAUUCCUAUUAUUUCGUAGGUAAUGCCGGAAAGCUAUUACCAACACAAAUAUUUACUGUUGAUGUAUUUCAACCAUUUGUAAAUAGUGCAGAGGUAGUUGAUUAUGUACCAUUUCCAACUAUUAGAAUCAGUGGAAAUGGAUUGGACAAUAACAAUGUACCACCUGUUAUCACUAUAAAUGGUGAUAACUGUUUAGUUUUUGGUGUAAUAAGUACAACUUCGAUUACUUGUAAAACCAAUAUUAUAGUUCCAGGUGUCUAUCCGAUUGAAAUUGAUUUGACAACAUAUCCAGCACCAUCGAAUAUUCAUAAUAUUGAUAUAAACUAUCAUGCAUCAAUUAAUGCCAAUAGAGUUUUUCCUUCUCUGUUGGGUGGUGAAAUGAUAGUCUAUACUAGAGAGGUUGCAAAUGGUCAGAUUCCAAAUUUCCAUUUCGAUUACAAUCCCGCUGCACUUUUGGCUAGAACCGGUGGUUAUGUCAAUAUCGAUGGAUUGCAAUAUGCAGAGAUUAGGGUUAGCAUUCCAGCUAAUACACCCGGUCAGUUUAAUAUCAUGAUGAGUUGGGUGACCGGUGCAAAUCCGCCAAUUGCAAUCCCAGAUACAACUAUCGCUAUUACCUAUCUCGCCACUCCACCUCAGCUACAAACAAUCUCUCCACCUAUGGCCAGAUUUACACCUUCGUUUACCAAUUUCAAUACCAAUCCAAUCAGAACACAAAUAACCAUUGGUGGCACCAACUUUGUAGACAGCAUUGCACCCACUGUCCAACUGACAGGAGUGAAUCCCACCACCGGAAAUCUCUUCACAAUCGCCUGUGAAGAUAUACGUGUACAAACCAAUAUAUUCUGUACUGUCAAGAGUCCCUUUGAAAUAGAAUAUUCUGUUCAAGUUUCUUAUAGUCCACAGCUAGUUUCCAAUACUAUUAAUAUUCGAUUCUAUGGUUUAUCUUGUUUGGGUAGAACACAACAACUGCCAUCGGUGCUACCGAAUCCACCUGUCGAUUGGUCAUUCACCUUUAAGUUUCGUGAGACAGAAGACACUCCUGACUAUGAAAAAGAUAGUUACUUAUACCUAGACAAUCAGUAUGACACUGCUGCCGUACAAAGAUUACAGGGCUUGACCGAUACCACUACUGAGUUGUCUCCUCUGGCUGCGACAUUCGACCAAAUUCAAUAUGGCUACUCCUACUAUUUCUAUAAUGAUCAAGUUGGAAUGCGUAAACCCGAUGGUCACAAAGUAAAAGAUACAGAAGAUCCACUAGCAAAUUUCCAUAUCUAUUCGAAAGGAACCAAUUGGGGACAUACCAAAGGUAUGGUUAUCUAUGACCAUGACACUGGUUCAGGACUUCACAUUAUCCAUUCUCAGCCAUAUUGGCCAGCAUUUACGUUCAACGGUGCAACGCUGCCCACUAAAAAAGUUCCUGGACCACCACCCUACGAGUACUACGGUAUCGAUACACCCAAUUGGCUUGGUGACAAAUCACUCAACCAACAUUUCUUCUGCUAUACAUUCGGUCCCCACGAUAAUGCCAAUCCAGACACCACCGGUAUCAACUUUGUAUCUAAAUUCAUCUCUCAAAACAAUCCAAUGUUAUUCCAAUCAGUCUAUCACGGACUACCUAAUAUCUACAAACAACUUGAUAUUCUUUUAAAUCCAGAUCAUCUUGCAAUUAGAGCAAUUGUAGAUAAUUGUAAAGCAGUCGUUACAGCAAAAGGUAAUUUAAAAGAUAAUUGUUGGUGGAAAUAUAAUUUCAGAACAAAAGGUGGAAAUUUGUUGGAUUUGUUUGCAAAAACAUCGAAUAAGUAUGAAGAGCAAAUGGUUCCUCAAGUAUCUGCUAGUGCCACAGCACUAAGGAUCAGAAAUACCAAUUCUCACUUCAUGCUAGACGGUAUCGAUAUCUAUGAGAAAAUGUUGGACGUCUUCAAUGACUUGCCUCCACCUCGUGUCAGACCGUUCUUUGUUCAGACACUUGAGUUGGGUGUAGGAAAGCGAGCUUACCAAACACUCGAUCGACAGAAACUACUCUCUAAUGUCGAGUACACACUUCACAGUACCGAUAUCAUGGAGAAUCUACGAUCGAUACAACACCGUGCCGACAGAGACCACUCCAAGUUGAUGUAUAAUAUGCAAGCACAGCCAUUCUCCACGCUUCGUUACGACAAUAUUUUCUGUGCCGGUGAUAGCAAUCGUCAUAACGGACAGGGUAUUCGUGGUGGUGGAGCAGCCUGCAUUUUCAGUCCGGUGCUUGUAAACUAUUUUUCAAAUAGAGUUGCCCGUUAUUCAAAUGUUGUUCCAAUCAACGUUGGUGCCAAUCUCUUUGGAAUCCAAUCGAUGGAUCUUCCAGUUUGGAUGAUAAAUUCAAUCAUUCAAGUGAGGAUCAAACCAACCGAUAUUCUAAUAGCUGUUCCAUCGGGAAGUGUUUUCGAGGUGUUCCAAACUGUCACUUAUGAUAAGGGAGUUACUCACCAUGCAAUUCCAACCAUACCAAGAACCUACGGUACAACAGACAUCACAAGUCAAUUCGAAACCGAGAUGUUUAUCUAUCGUAGUGACAUCAAUGAAAAGGCAGAAUGGACCGAAACAUGGUCAUUCUCAAUCACUGCCAACAAACCAAAUCCAAUACAUAUUCAACAGUUGUAUGCAUUACAAACCGCACAAUUUUCAGUGUUUGCAUGUAAUCGUAUUGUAUCUCCAUGUGAUAUUGAAAGUUCAUAUAGAGUAGAUACCGCAUUUGACUUGGCAACAAACCCAUUUCAAUAUCUCUAUCAUCCAGUCAUCGAGUUUGUAACACACGCCAAUUUCAUGAUACCAUCUAACAACCCAAUGCCAUUUAUCAAUCAUUUCAUCGAAUAUCUCAUAGCAAACUGCCUCAAUUGGUUAGCCGUAUCACCAACCUAUGAAAUUGUAGUAACAACACCAGGUACUGAAAGUAGAGUGGAGAAUGGACAGUUACAUAUUCAUAAUAUUCAGUGUCAAGAAGAAAUAGCAUUCGUUCUCACUUGGAAAUCAAUUCUUUUACUCAUCCAACAAAGAGACAAUACUGUUACAGUUGAUAAUAAUAUUAUUAAAGGAAUUUCAUGGGCUAUUUCUAAACAUUUAAUUAAUUUAAUGAGAGGUUCAAUAAAUUCAAAUAUUGAUGUAUGUUUUAGUUUGAAUCCUGAAAGAAAAACACCAGUUGAUCUUGAAGGUAUGCCAAAUAAUAUCGAUCCACCUUCAGCCUAUUGGUAUGCUGCCACUGUUUGGGAUUGGUUAGAUACACAAGAUGAUCAAAAGUUGGGCCCUGUCAAUGGUGUUUCCUCCGAUACACACGAAGAUAAAAACCAAGGUCGUGAAAUUCCAUGGCAAACAAUCCUCGACCAAGCGAUGCAUGCUCAGACCAUUGUCAAUAUCUACAAGAACCUUCCAAUGGCCAACCAAGUCAAAGAGAAUGCAGAUAUUAUUCUUUACAAUGGAUUUGAUCCUGCUUUAAUAACUGCUAGUAGUCGUAAUAGAUUAAUGUCAUCAACAGCAAAUCCACAGUCAUAUUAUUAUAAUAUGCUUGAGCAAACACUUGUCGAACCUGGAUAUUUCACAAGUUAUCAACUCACUUCUCUUUCUCCAAUUCAAUUGGAAGAGCUGUAUUCAUCAAUUUUCUCAAAAUGGGAGACAAAUCAAGCCAUUCAAAUAUUAUUGGAGAAUCCAUUAAAUUCAAUAGUUGCCAAUCAUUUGAUUCAGAAUCUAGAUUUAUUGUAUAACGAUAUCUCCUUUGGUAGUAUCAAACUUUGCUAUCUCACAGGUGAAACUAAGAAACUGUGUGAUCCAAUGUCAAUGGUUUCAAUGAUUCACUUAAUUGAAACCAUUACAUCUUCGGGCGAACCAUUGAAUUCACUAUCAAGCGAUUCCAACUACGAUUCAGAUUUACAAGUUUAUUUCAUUGAUGCAGUAGCACCAACUCUAUCCAAUCUUUACAGUGGUAUGGUUAUUGCGAAUCUACGUGGUCAACUCUGUGAUGUUUCAUUUACAACCUUACCAAAGUCCAAUGUCAUUGAAAUCAUCGAUUCCAUUUGUUUAAUUAGCGGUCCAAUCAUUCAAAGUGUAUCCAUUUCCAGUGGUCCAACCUCUGGAAACUAUCCAAUGGAUAUUCAAGGAUACCAUUUCACCAGUGGAAUGAUUGCAAGUGUUGGUAGUAAUAAUUGUAUUCAAUCAACAUUCAUUGAUUCCACCAAGAUCCAAUGUAUGGUUCCAUCUGGAUAUGGAAAUAAUCAACCAAUAACCCUUUACAAUCCAUCCAACGAUCAAUUUGAUUCACAAACACUUUCAUUCUCUUUUACCUAUAAUUUACCAGUUAUUCAUUCUGUUACACCAUUCAUUUUACCAUCGAGUGGUACUAUUCUAACUAUUAACGGAGAAAACUUUGGAAAUACAAAAUCAUUGAUAAAUCUUAAAGCUAAAGGUAUUUCUGAUAGUUUAACUAUUUUAUCUUUAAGUGAUUUAAUGAUAACUUGUCAAAUUCCAAGUGGUUCCGGUGCUGGUUUCUUCAUUUCUCUGGCAAUCAACAGAUAUAAUGUUCCUUCACUGAAUGGAAAUGGAUUGGGUUUAAAUAUGGUAUCCUAUCAAAAUCCAAUAAUAAACUCAUUCACCCCUGUCAUUGGAAAAGUUUUCGAUAUCCUAAGAAUCGAAGGUUCUUCAUUCGGUCAGGAUCUCUACAGAUCUAAAGUGUUCAUAGGUUUCAAAGAAUGUCCGAUUCUCUCGUUGUCCGAAAGCAUCAUCAACUGUCGUAUUCCAUAUGGUAUCUCCAAUGAAUUGAUAACCGUCCAAAUAGCAAGACAUAAACCGAUAUUCUCAAACAAAUACUUCCAGUACCAAUCGUCGGCAAUCACCUCACAGGCAUCACAAAUCUCCACUAGAGGUGGACUAAUUCAAUUCCAUGGUGAUUCAUUUGGAAGUAGUCUCAACGAUAUUGCCUCCACCAAAUUCGAUUCACAGCCUGUCGAUUGUGUUCCAUUCAAUUUGUUUAUUGAAUGUCAAAUUCCAGAGGGUAUCAAGAAUAAUCUUGAAUUUGAAAUAGCAACCAAUAUCUAUGAUAACACAACCAUUGUCAAUGUUUAUUUGCCUCCGGUAAUCGAAUCGAUGGCAUUCUCUUUCCAGACCAAUAAUAUUAUCAUUUUCGGAAAGAAUUUCAUUCCAAAUCAAAUCCCAUAUGAUAUCUCAACUUCGUAUAUCGAAUUCCUAGAUCAACAAUCUCAACCAAUCAGAUUUAACCAGACAUUUAUCGAUGAGAAUCAGAUUUCUGUCGGUCUAAAUGUAUUAGAAUUACAUUUAAUAUCAGUACAAGUAGUUGUUGAGGGAAGAGCAUCGAAUUUGAUGAACCUUCAAUUCGACUUUAACACAUUCAUUGAAAUAUACCAAGAUAACAACAUGGAUGGUCUACAGCAACAAGAUGAACCAACAGUAUCAGGAACCGUAUUGCUAUCGGGCAUUUCAAAUCCAUACGAUAUCACGCCAACUUCCGGUACCUUUACAAUUCCAGCUGGUUCCUACUUGAUGAGCAUUCAAGUAACACCGGAUCUUGUUCUCCCAUUGAAUAACUAUAAUAUAGAAAUAUCAGCAACCGACGUCAAUGUUAUCAAAAUCCCUGUUUGGUCAAAGAAGAACUGUGUUCAAUCCUAUCCAUCCACCAACGGACAGACCAUCGUCACUCUCCAACAAGGAACAACCAAUCUUUGGGUAUAUGAUAUCUGUGUAAACACUCUAGAUUGUAAAUAUCCAGUUACUUCACUCUCACCUCAGCCAAGUCAAUGUGUUGCCACUUCACUCAGCAAUAUUGCAAUUAUUGAAAUAGGUUCUCCAAUAACACUUUUAUUCUAUUUCGACAAUAAUCUAAAUGGUGUUAAAGACGCCAGCGAAGAUGAGCCCACUCCAGGUACAAUCACCAUUCUAUAUAGCACCAAGAAUGGCAGACAACUUAGCACAGUCGCUCAAACCAAUCCAGUACAAUUCCUUUCUUACAAAGGUGCAGUUACAGUGUCUCUAGUGUUCUCCAACCCAAACGUCUACUCAAUAUUAAACAAAAAGGUGUAUUACAUAUCCGAUCCACUAUCAGAUACCUAUGGAUUAUAUAGAUGGAGCUACGAUUCUAUAAAACCAGUUAUUCUCUAUAAUUCAUAUGGAGUAGAACUGUCGUUACCAAUUGGAAAGUAUAAUUUAUCGACUCUUUCCAAUAUGGGAUUUGUAGGAACAAAGAAUCAUUAUGGUAGUGGAAUAAUCAAUUCACUAAAUACAUUUACCACUGAUAUCAGAGUCACAUUCACCAAAACCGAACUCUCUACUCCAGUACUCCAAUUAAGUGCACCAACUAGAACCAAUAUCAAUCAAAUGUCACUUGUUUUGAUUGAAGUUUCUUAUAUUCCACUGUUUAGCGCAUUCAAUGGUGUCGAACCAAGUGGUCAACAGAUACAAUUCUUCUCACCAUACAUCUCGGCUGUUCCCAACUUUUUCUAUGGUGGUCCUUCAUAUACCAACCCAUUGAAUUGUAACGCAUCGCUAACAGAUCAAACAUUGGUAACCUGUACUGUUCCUGCAGGAAGUGGUUCUGUACCAUUGUCAAUGAUGAUGAACCAAAUGAGACUUUUUGCUUUUAAGGAGUAUAAAAUGGUUUAUUCUGUAAUAUUGGUAAGAGGUGUAGUUUUUGAAGAUUUGAAUGGAAACAACAUUAGAGAUUCCGGUGAAAUUAUACUUUCAAAUGUUAAAGUUGUACUUGGACUUACAACCACCGCAACUACCAAUGCAAUGGGAUCAUAUACAUUUUCAGGUCUAUAUUCAGGAUCGUUUGUCUUAUCUGUUCCACCAAGCUCAACACAUUAUCUAUUGAAACCAAUCAGUGUUAAUCUAUCACCUUCAACACCAGGUUUAAUUCAACAUAUUGGAUUAACAAAAAAAAAUUUAGAUAAUAUAAAUAACGAUGCUUCUCUUAUUGAACUAAAACAAUCGGUCGUCACUAUUACUAUUUAUCUAGAUGACCAACAAACUUAUUCAACAAUUACCAAGACAGGAUCAACAAGUUAUACAAUCGAUAUCACGCCAAUGGUUACUUUUCAAUUUUCAUCGGUUGGAAAUAUCCGGCCUGUAAUUAACAAUCCAACGAUGCUCUCUGCCACACAGCCACAAUUCUAUUGGCCAUACUACCAAUAUUUGAAUGGUGCACCCUCGCAGAUAUUCUAUGAUCAACCAACUUAUUCUGGAGCGACACUUGAACUCCCAGUCGGUGUUUACAAUAGCAACUACUUGGCCGGUCUGCCUAUUUCGUGGAGCAACAGUGUGAAAUCAUUUACAACCGCACCAAAUAUGGUUGUUGUUCUAUUAACUUCGGUCACAAGAUUUGAAGCAAGAGACAAUCAAGCCGUUGUAGUUGCAAUCAAUCCAACACAAAUCGAAAUUCUAGCUGAUAAUCUUUUGGUGGAUAACCUAAUUGUUCCAACAAUCGGCGGCUCUUUCUUUAUUAACAAUUGGUCCAGUAAAACACCUCAGGCUUCUUCACCAUGUGGAGGUUCAUCGGCUUGUACAUUGCUCCCAGAUGGAUCGAAAUACCAAUGUCCGGUCAUUGCAGGCAUCACAAAAUGUUCAAUCACAAUCAAGUUUGAUAAUUUUGUAGUUUCUGAACCAUACACAUUGAGUCGUGCCGCUGCUUCAGCUACAGGAUUUGUUCUUCAACCAUCUCGACUACCAGCAAACGAACUUAUCAUCAACGGACAAAAUUUCCCACCAGCAAAUAUUGCCUUAGGAUACUCUAAAAUUCUGGUCGAUGGUAAUCCAUGUCAACUUGUAUCUUUUAUCAAUGAAACUAGAGCAUCUUGUUUAGCAGCUGCAAUUACACCGCUCACCGAUGAUGGUGUUCUUACUUUUAUUAUUGGAAAUCUUCCACCAUCAUAUUAUAAUUUCCAAUACAAGUCUUCUAAAUGUAAUGGAGCAACAAUUAAAGCAGGAACUCAAACUAAAAACUAUGCCAUCGGUGCUAAUCUAACACCAGCCUUUGCCUACAAUGAGAUUAAUUGUUCGUGGUUCUGCUACUGUACAUCGACCUCCAAUCCUGUAAAUGCUAUUUGGACAGUUGGAAUCAAUUCAAUGGUAUAUAGCAAGACACAGACAUUUACAAAAGAUAAACUAAAAUUCUCUGUUCAAUAUGCUAAAUGUAAUGGUUUAACAAUCUCUGACGAUACAAAUUCAGAUGUUACUUUGAUCAAAGGUGAUUAUACCUUUGCAGCAAAUAUAAAAUUGAAAUCCAUUGUCAAACCACAGAUUGGAUGUAAAGUUUUAAUGUCACUUGAUGCCACAACAAAUAUCACAGUUGUUUCAUCAUUCGACCCAGCCAAUUUCCCCAACUACCCAAGAUGGUCCACCAAUUACUUGAGCAAGGCAGUUAUCGCAGACUAUCCAGAUCUUCGUGGAACUCCACUUUCCAGUGACGGACAAUAUGUUUCCUCUCCACCACUUUUAAAUCUUUCUGUUGGUAAUGUUAAAUCUCUUUAA